AUGGGUCGGGCUCCGAUUCUAUACGUGAAGGAGAUCUCCUAUCCAAUUCUGGCACUGUUUGGAAUCCCUGCGAACGUGCUGACGGCUGUGAUCCUGUGCCGGGGAAAGUGCGGUCUCACCAAAGGAAUCACCCGCUACAUGGUGGCGAUGGCAAUGUCCCACCUGCUGGUGGUCAUCUCCCACGUGUUUCUCAGGGAAAUCUACAUUUACCACAACCCUUAUUCCUUUCUCUCGCUCAGCACAUUGUGUUCUUCAUACAUACACUUGCGGGUCGCCAUCCUGGACUAUUCCGUCUGGUUAACCGUGUCCUUCACCUUUGAUCGUUUUGUCAGCAUUUGCUGCCCGAAGCUGAGACUCACGUAUUGCACGGAUAAGACGGCCGCCGUGGUCAUUGGGUCCUUGUGCGCAUUGAGCUGUUUAAAAUACAUCCCCUUUCACUUCAUGUACGAGCCACGUUUCUCCGUGGACAAUGUGAACUGGGGAUGCCGGCCCAAAGCCGUGUACUUCACUUCCAUCGGCUGGGUAGCUUUCACCUGGCUAUGCAGCGCCUCUCUCUCCUUACUCCCCAUUGGUCUUAUCAUAUUUCUGAAUGGGCUGACGGUCCGGUACAUCGUAGCAGCCAGCAGAGUCCGCCGGCGCCUGAAGUCACUGGAAGGCAAGGACACCGAGGCGGAGAAUCGGCGCAAUGCCAUCAUUUUACUCUUCACCGUGUCCGGCACCUCCAUAUUACUCUGGGCGACGGCUACGGUAACUUUAAUCUGCACUCGGGUCACCGUUAACUUCGUUGGCGCGGAUCUCACGAGCCCCUCGACCAUCGCCAACGAAGUAGGAAUCUUACUUCUUCGGGUCAGCUGCUGCGCGAACACCUGUAUCUAUGCAAUGACACAAAGCAAGUUUAGAAAGCAGUUGAAGAACGGGAUUAAGAUUCUAACUCGUGUCAUUAUUAGCCCCAUGAAACAGGCGAAGCAGUGA